AUGAAGGUCUCGAAGGACUCGAUGCAGGACAUUAUGGCGGAUACACUGGAUAGUGUAUCUGAUACGAAGCCAGUCGUACCUCUACCAUUUUAUGCAAGCUCCAAAGAGUACCGCGAAGCUCUCGAGUCUAUUACUCAGGCCGAUGGGCCCAAUGCUAAAGCUGCUGCAUCCAUACUUCAGGAACUGAAUGAACUGCUUCCUCCAAAAUCCGCUAUUGAGCGUCGAAUCGAAGGUCUUGAGCACAUUUUGAAAAGUCCUCUCGUUGGAGAACACACCGCGAAUGCUACCACUGUUCUGGAUGGUUAUCAAUCAGGAAGGCUCAAGUAUGUCGCUGGUCACUAUUACGUUUUUCGAGACGGACAGAUGCUUGCAGGCCCGAGGCGUCUGUUGAACUUUGAUGAAAAAAAGGUGGUUUUUGAUGAAUUCGACGGCCCGAAAGGUUUAUGGAUUGAAUUUGUAGGUGGAACUAAAUUUCUUCUGCUGGUCUUGGUAGCUCUCUACAAACUCGAUCUCUGUGUUUUCAUGGCGGGGCUCAACAGCUAUAAUGAACAUCUACGUCUCUCGGAACGAUACCUCAAAGUUCGAUGUGCCUGCCAUCAAGAAUGCCAUUGCUAUCUGCAUCUGAUCGUUCCUCGUUCGAUAUCAUCAUAUUCUCCAAGUUAUCAGAAGGCGGGUCCAACCGCAUUUUCCAGGCGACUUUUAGAGAUAGAAAUACCUGAGCACUACACUAUGGCCAGUGAAGUGGCUACUCUGGACUAUAUCCGAUUGCAUGGGAUUCGUACGCCUGAGGUGUAUGCGUAUUGUUCGACAAAGGAUAAUCCAGUUGGUGCUGAGUAUAUUAUCAUGGAAAAAUUGGACGGCAUUCCCCUUGGCGAUACGUGGUACUCGAUUACAACAAAGGAGCAACAUAAGGUCAUGAAACAAAUUGUUGAAUGGGAGACGCGGCUUAUGUCGUUGGAGUUUCCUGCGUGUGGCAGUUUAUAUUAUCACAAGAACCUCCCGUCAGAGAAGAAGAUCUUCUUGUCAGCUCAGAGCGAGGUUGACUUUUGCAUUGGGCCAGUGGCGCAUUAUAGAUGGUGGCAAGGGCUGUCGCCAGUUGACAUAUUCCGGGCAGUUGGUGAACGGGAAUUGACUUGGGCAAAAGCCUAUGCGAAGCCUCGCCUGCCUUACGAACGGCUCUAUGGAUAA